AUGUUUUCAUGGGACGAAGAAGGUUUGCCCUUUGGGGACAUGGGAUGCUCUUUUCACUACCGCAACGACGAUUGCAAGGAGAAACCAUACGAUCUUCCUCCCCUGUAUGUAUCUUCUCUUACGUGCUUUCCCAGCCUUAAAAUCCUUAAGAUGGUAGUUAUCAAUGGCAACGGGCCCGAAGGUGGUAGAAAUCCUGUUUAUUGGGUAGAGAUACCAAAAGGUAAUCUUUUUCAGUAUCCGCCCGCAUAG